CUCAACUCCCUCCUCUCCUUCUCCUUCCUUCCAUAAAUUUCUCUAUGCUCCUCCAUGCCCGUGCCCAAUUCUUUUUACCAGAAAAGGAAAAGUUUGGAAGGAGAAGAGCAGCACAAGCAGCUGCCCUCCACUACCUCACUCCACUCUCGCUCACUCUGCUCUCACUCCCCUCUACCUACUUGCUCCGGAGAGUGAGAGCCCCUCCCAGCCAUCUCCUCCUCGUCCUCUGCCAUGAGCGCGAGAACCCCGGAGUAAUUCCAGGAGCAGUGGAGCCUGUUGAGAGGUGGUGUUUUGAUCUGCUUGCUCCAAGAAUCUCUCUUUGAUCUCUGCGGUGGAGUAUUUUGGUUCCACAGUUGUUGCUGGAGAGAUGCUGGAGGAAACGGCAUUGCAAUGGUGGUCUGAUCUUCUGCCAGCAAUGGAGUGAAUACUACUGGUCUGUUUUCUUGUCCUGACCUGGGAAUCUUGACUACUGCGGGAUGGCUUAUUCUGGAUUAAGGCAUGGCGGCGUCGGGAGCUCCUCUCGGCCGGGGCAUGGCCUCAAGGGCCCGGCUAAUUCGGUUGAGAUUCUUGGGAGGGAGAUGCUGGAAAUGCAAUUGAGGGAUGCCAAGCCAGAUGUUGAUGAUGAAAAAGACAUUGAACGAGAUGUAACCGAUGGCUCUAGUGCUGAAGCUGGUCACAUAAUAGCUACGACAAUUCGGGGCCGAAAUGGUCUACCUAAACAGUCGGUCACUUACAUUGCUGAACAUGUGGUUGGAACUGGUUCUUUUGGGGUUGUAUAUCAGGCAAAAUGUCGAGAAACAGGAGAAAUUGUUGCCAUAAAGAAGGUUCUUCAAGAUAAACGUUACAAGAAUAGGGAAUUGCAAAUUAUACAUAUGCUGGAUCAUCCUAAUAUUGUUGGUCUUAAGCAUUACUUCUUCUCAACCAGUGAAAGGGAUGAACUUUACCUCAAUCUUGUCCUUGAGUAUGUUCCAGAGACAGUAAACCGGAUUGCGAGACAGUACAACAGAAUGAAUCAACGGAUGCCCCUCAUAUGUGUCAAACUCUAUACUUACCAGAUAUGCCGAGCACUUGCUUACAUACAUAACUGUGUUGGCAUCUGCCACCGUGAUAUAAAACCACAGAAUGUUCUUGUUAACCCACAUUCACACCAGCUCAAAAUAUGUGAUUUUGGGAGUGCAAAAGUUUUGGUCAAAGGAGAGCCCAACAUCUCCUACAUAUGCUCAAGAUAUUACAGGGCACCAGAGCUCAUAUUUGGUGCAACUGAAUAUACUACUGCCAUUGAUUUGUGGUCUACAGGCUGUGUCAUGGCAGAGCUUCUGCUUGGACAGCCUCUGUUUCCUGGGGAAAGUGGAGUUGAUCAGCUGGUCGAGAUUAUCAAGGUUUUGGGUACUCCAACAAGGGAAGAGAUCAAAUGCAUGAAUCCGAACUACACAGAGUUCAAAUUCCCUCAAAUUAAGGCUCAUCCAUGGCACAAGGUUUUCCAAAAAAGGCUUCCACCUGAAGCAGUGGACCUUGUAAGCAGGUUUCUGCAAUACUCGCCAAAUCUUCGGUGCACUGCUAUGGAAGCCUGCAUGCACCCUUUCUUUGAUGAGUUGAGAGAUCCAAACACUCGUCUACCUAAUGGGCGUCCACUUCCUCCUCUCUUCAACUUCAGAUCUCAAGAGCUGAAUGGCAUCCCUCAGGAAGCCGUUGAACGUCUGGUUCCCGAGCACGCAAGAAGGCAGAGCUUGUUCAUGGCGCUGCGCACCUAGUUUUCUAGCUCUUCUUUUUCGCAGUUUUUUUUUUCUCUUCCUUCCUGAGGGAAGCUUGUAAAGCUGUAGUAGCUUCUCUGUUCCUUCUCAGUGUUGAUAAGGUGUUUGGCUAGAGUUGUCCAUGUUGUUGUUCAUGACAGGAUGUGAGGUUGGAGAAGAAGAAAGAGGCUUUGUGCUUGUGCUUGGUGUGUUUGUGCAGUUGGUUUUGAGGUUGGAAAUGGAAUUCUUCAUGGGUUUCAGUGUGUGUGGGAGGCUUGUAAAGCUGUGUGAUUCCUCCAGUUAUCUUUUGGUUUGAUGCUUGUGUGCAGUAACCGGUACUUGGUUCAACUUCACAGUGGUUUGGUCGUGCAAAUGUCAUUCACAAUUCACAAAGAUUAUUACUCCCUCCUAUAU